AUGACGAUCUGUACUUAUAACGCACGUACGCUUGCAUCGGAAGCGUCCAUCGAAGAUCUGAUGAUGCACGCCAAGAAGAUUAAGGGUGUUGGUGGAGUUGGCGUCCGCGUCAACACGAGUAUGGCAAUAAACAUCGACUCUUUUGAACAACUUACGAUCCGAAUCGGAAGUCAGCGGAUGAGAAGAUGUGGUCCAACACCAGCUUUGACUAUCUUCGUCGCUUACGUUCCAACAUCAAGCUACGAAGAAGAAGUCGAAGCUUUCUAUAUGGACUUGGAGAAGUUCUACCGAAAAGAUCAUGCCUUCUACAAGGUCAUAAUUGGCGAUUUCAACGCCAAAAUUGGCCCAUGA